AUGAGUCGUCUAUCCGUCUUGUUGGUAUGGCAAGCUGUGGCCACCGCCGCUUCUUCAGUUGAUGGAGUGCCCAGACUUCUAGUGCCGCCUACUGUGCCAGACCACGCUUCUAUCGAGCAUUACCCGUCCUUCUCGUCCUUCUCCAUCGAGCCUGCGUUCUGGAUUGAAUUUGCAGGAAGUUUAGAUGAGCCCAACGAGCUCUUCCUCAAACUCAUAGGUCAGCUCACCAAUCGCGGUGGUGAGCCCAUCAUUCGACCCGGCGGUAUUGCGAUGGACAGCUUGAUCUUCGAUCCCGAGGGAGGUGAUCUGGUCCGCACCAUGGGGCCAAAGGGCGAGAUCUACCGUACAACGGUUGGACCCGCAUACUUCGAGAGCUGGUCCAACUUUCCCGAGGGAGUCUCCUUCGUCUCCACUUUGAAUCUUGAUAACAAUAGUCUCGAUAUUGCCAGGGAUCUCGCUGUCGCUUCAGUCAAGUACCAGGAUGACAAGAUAAGCUACUUUGAAGUUGGAAAUGAGCCCAAUCAUUAUCCUGAAUCCAGAUGGAACUAUGAGGCUGCCAAAUAUGUCGCGCAAUGGAAGAACUGGACGGCAGAAAUCGACGAGGCCAUUGGUCGUGGCCCACAGCAAUGGUGGGCUUCGUCGGCCACGACGGAUGAGACUAGGCUGAAUGUUAGGCCUGUGGACAUCAUACCCCUCGGUGUCGACGACGAGGACCAGGUCGGGCAGUUCUCUCUUCACUCAUACGUCUACAACACCUGUAGUCCCGAGGGUGCAGCCGUGGCGACCAUUGAGAACCUUCUGAACCAUACCCAGAUCACCACCUUCGCCGACGACCAGGUUAAGCCUUCAGCUCAAGCUGCUCUCGCGCAUGGAAAGCCUUGGGUGAUGGGAGAGUUCAAUUCGGUGGCCUGUUCCGGCAAGCCAAAUGUCACUGACACGUUCACCAACUCGCUGUGGAUCAUCGACACCCAGUUGACAUAUGCCGUUCUCAACGCAUCUUCGGCCAACCUGCACCAGGGUGGAACACUUGUCCUCCAGAGUGGUAGCCAGACAAACACCCCAGGAUUCUCAUCCUACAGUUUUGUCUACCCCCGCGACAGCGAGAAAUGGGGACCAGCUCGUGCCCAACCUGGCUAUGGUGGUCUACUCUUCCUGUCCGAGGUCUUUAGCAUCCCCAAGACCCGCAUCCUGCCGCUCGAGGCACCCAAGGGCGUGGACCCUGAUCGUUUCUCAGCGUACGCAGCUUACCAUGAGGAUAAGCUGAGCAAGCUCGUCCUCAUCAACAUGCAGCCAUACUAUGGGAACUCGACGGAAGACUCCUCUGUCAACGUGAAGAUCCCUUUGCGCGGACCUUCUACGAAUUCUCGACCUCACCUGAAGCGACUAACAGCUCCCACUAUCGACGAGAAGGACUCGAGCAACGUGCUCUGGGCAGGCCAAUCUUUCAGGCAUGGAGAUGCAGAGGGUGAGGUCAGGAUUGAGGAGAUACCACGUAAUGGUGUCGUAACACUCCGAGGAAGUCAAGCGGUUCUUGUGUUCUUCGACAAGGACACUGUUUAUGGUCUGGAAUAG